AUGUCUGUCGGAAAGGUCGAGAGACUUUCAGAUUCUGAAAGUGAUGCAGACCAACUCACUUUAGCAUCCGGGCAUGAAAGCAGUGCUCUUAGUGACAGCAAUGAUGAAUACAAACCAGAACCUUACAGUGGAUAUUUUUCCAAACGGCGCUCUGAAGAUAGUUCAGACGAACCGCCGCCUAAAAAGAUCGAUAUGUCGCCUGCUGCCACAAUUUCCCCAAUGCCAACUGCCAGCAGUGGACCCUAUGCCAAAAACGUUUUCAAAAUGAUGGCAAAAAUGGGUUACCAAGAAGGCAAAGGUCUGGGUAAAAAUGAGCAGGGCCGUGUGGAGAUUGUAGAAGCUUCAAAGCAAAGAGGCCGACGAGGUCUUGGUCUUCACAUUAAGGGGCUUGAGAUGCCAAACAUUGAGUGGAAUCCUGAUGAAGAGACAGUAUCUGCAGAAGAAACCAUUGAAUGGUUACCUUCCUAUUCUGGUUCAGUCCCUGUUAUUGAUGAACUACGAGCCUGGAAGAGGAUGGGUGCGAAAAAGUUAAUUAUUGAUGAUGAAACUAAUUUUGUGUCUGAGGAUACACUUAAUAAAAUUCUUAGCUCCAAGAACAUUUUUGAUGAGCUUGAUGGGGAAGAGCUGAGAAAGGCACGAGCAAGAUCCAAUCCUUAUGAGACAAUACGAGGAGUUAUUUUUCAAAACAGAGCUGCCAUGAAAAUGGCUAAUAUGGAUGCACUUACUGACUUCAUGUUUACAAAACCUACAGACAAAAAUAAUAAAUCUGUUUUAAGUUCACAUAGCUUGCUUUAUUUUGUUGAUAUGUGUGCCGGGCCUGGAGGUUUCAGUGAAUAUGUUCUCUGGCGAAGGAAAGGUGAUGCCAAGGGCUUUGGACUGACUUUGCGAGAUUCAAAUGACUUCAAAUUGGAAGAGUUUUUUGCCGGUCCCAGUCAAAUGUUUGAACCUCAUUAUGGUGUAGGUGGUCUGCAAGGUGAUGGAGAUAUUUUUAAACCAGAGAACCAGGAAUGCUUUAUAGAUUUUGUGAAACAAAAUACAGAAAAUAAAGGAGUCCAUUUUGUUAUGGCAGAUGGUGGUUUUUCUGUAGAAGGACAAGAGAACUUACAAGAAAUAUUAUCAAAGCAACUCUAUCUCUGUCAGUUCCUUGUAGCACUGAAAAUCUUAAGAAAUGAUGGACAUUUUGUAUGCAAACUCUUUGAUCUAUUCACCUCCUUCAGUGUUGGCCUUAUCUAUUUGAUGCAUCUUGCAUUCAACAAAAUAUGCAUUUGUAAACCAGUUACUAGUCGACCAGCUAAUUCUGAAAGAUACAUUAUUUGUAAAUGGUUGCGGGAGGAUGCUGGCUCGAUCGGUGACUACCUGCAUGAGAUCAACCUUGAUUUAUCCGAGUUUACUCGGAAUGACCCCAAACGAGAUGUUGUGGAAGUUGUUCCUCUGAAUGUGCUCACUGAUGAUACUGUAUUCUAUGAAUAUAUUCGGAAUUCAAAUGAAUUGCUUGGCAAAAAACAAAUUCAAGGUUUGCGUAAAAUUCAGACAUUUGUUCAAGACCCGACUCUCCAUGAAGAUCGCCAAACAAAGAUAAGGAAACAGUGUUUACAUAAGUGGCAGAUUCCUGACAAAGCAAGAACAGAACCUCCAAAACCUGAUCCUAAAAGAGUGUUUCAAGAGUUGAUGAAGGAAGACAAUAACAUGUUUGAUGUUCAACAUGAAGUUCUCAGCCACCAAAAGUUACGAAGUAUCCAAAGUCUGUAUGAUUACCGGUGCUUUGUUACAGGCAGCAACAAAAGGCACUUCAUUAUGGGACUUGAGCGUGGACAUGUUUACAUUCGGAAUGUCGACUCAAGGAAUCAAUGGAGAAAACUUGAUGAACAACAAAUCCAUAUUGAACUUCCUUCAGAAACGUUGAUUGAAGCUGAAAUUGUCCAAGAAUUUCAAGGAGAGGGUAAAGGUCAGAGGAAACAAAAUACAAUUCAUGCUGUGGAUGCUUACUAUCUCUGUGGUACAGAUCAUUUUCUUUCCUAUUUUUUCCUAUUUUGCUUUGCUUUUUUCCUUUUUCCUAUUUUGCUUUGCUUUUUUCCUUUUUCCUAUUUUGCUUUGCUUUUUUCCUUUUUCUUAUUUUGCUUUCCUUUUUUCCUUUUUCCUAUUUUGCUUUGCUUUUUUCCUUUUUCUUAUUUUGCUUUGCUUUUUUCCUUUUUCUUAUUUUGCUUUGCUUUUUUCCUUUUUCUUAUUUUGCUUUGCUUUUUUCCUUUUUCUUAUUUUGCUUUGCUUUUUUCCUUUUUCUUAUUUUUUUUGCUUUUUUCCUUUUCUUAUUUUUGCUUUGCUUUUUCCUUUUUCUUAUUUUGCUUUUUUUCCUUUUUCUUAUUUUGCUUUUUUUUUUUCCUUUUUCCUUUUUCUUUUUAUUUUUUUCUUUUUUUCCUUUUCUUAUUUUGCUUUUCCUUUUUUUAUUUUGCUUUGCUUUUUUUUUCUUAUUUUGCUUUGCUUUUUCCUUUUCUUAUUUUGCUUUCCUUUUUCUUUUUCUUAUUUUUUGCUUUUUUCCUUUUCUUUUUUUUUGCUUUUUCCCUUAUUUUUCCUAUUUGCUUUUUCCUUUUUCCUUUUCUUAUUUUGCUUUCCUUUUUUCUUUUUUCUAUUUUUUUGCUUUUUCCUUUUUUAUUUUGCUUUCCUUUUUUUUUUCCUUUUUUAAAUUUUUUUUUCCUUUUCCUAUUUUUUUUUUUUUCCUUUUUUUUAUUUUUUUGCUUUUCCUUUUCCUUUUCUUGCUUUUUCUUUUUCUUAUUUUUUUCCUUUUUCUUAUUUUAUUUUGUUUUUUUUUCCCUUUUCUUAUUUUGCUUUGCUUUUUUCUUUUUCCUAUUUUUCUUUUUCUUUUUUUUUCCUUUUUCUUUUCCUAUUUUGCUUUGUUUUUUUUCCUUUUUCUUAUUUUGCUUUUUUUUUUCCUUUUUCUUAUUUUGCUUUGUUUUUUCCUUUUUCUUAUUUUUCUUAUUUUGCUUUGUUUUUUCCUUUUUUAUUUUGCUUUGCUUUUUCCUUUCUUUGACUUUUUUUCCUUUUUUUUUGCUUUUUCCAAUUUUGCUUUGCUUUUUGUUUUUUCCAAUUUUGCUUUUUUCCUUUUUCCUAUUUUGCUUUGCUUUUUCCUAUUUUGCGUUGCUUGUUUUUCUUUGCUUUUUCUCUCUUCUUUUUGACUUUGCUUUUAUUUUCUUCAAUUUUUUCUUUUGCGUCUUUUUUGUGUGUCUUUUUGGCUUUUCACAUAAAAGGAUUAUAAUCAAUUUACUAUCUACUAAUUGUUUAUUUUUCAGGAUAGACAGACUAAGAAAAUUUGUGAAAGCCAUCACCAAGACAACUCGGUCGGAUUUGGCUCCUGUCAGUGUGCCAGAUAUUUACAGGCUGGAAGAAAUUCACAAAGUUUUUGAGAAACUUGAUAUGAAAUUGGUGAAAGGACAUUCCCGUCAGUCUCGUCUUUGUUAUUGUCGAGAGAAAAACCGGUAUUUCUUACCAACAGGUGUACAUUUUAUCAAAACAGUCAAAGAUCCAUGGAUGAUGUGUCGGAGUAAAUCAUCCAACUGGAAAUAUUGGUUCAACAAAACCACCAAAAAGUCCACUUAUCAUUACCCACCAGAAAGCAGCGCCAUGACCAGGGAUUGCCGUUUGAACAGACUCCAUUGGACAUGGGAAGAAGGCAUCAAGGUGCAUGAUCUGCAGGACAUUGCUCAGGACAAGAACAAAGCAAAAGAAGACGACUGGCAAUUUUUGGACAGCAGAGCCAACGAUCAACACUGGGAAAUGAAGGAUUGGCCUAUUCGAGAAGAGCUUGUGGUAGAGAUGCUAGUUAGCCCUAAUUGA